AUGGGUGUGCCUUCUUUCUUCUUGGGAAUAGAAACUGUCCUGUUAUCUGGCGGUGUGCUUUUAUCCCAACAACGGUACAUGAAGGAUAUUCUCAAACGUGCUAGCAUGGUGGACUGCAAGCCAGUAAUCACGCAUGUCUCUUCUGCGAAAAUCACAGACGACGUGGCCGUUCCCUAUGCCGAUCCAACACAAUACAGGAGUUUUGCUGGUGCUCUCCAGUAUCUUACGGUAACUCGUCCGGAUCUAUCUUAUGCUGUUAAUCUAUUAUGUCAACAUAUCCAUGCUCCCACUACUACAGACUGGACAUAUCUAAAGAGAGUCCUGCGGUAUGUCAAAGGCACCCUGAAUCUUGGCCUGCGUAUUUCUCGGUCUACAUCUAUGGAUAUUCACGACUAUUCUGACUCAGAUUGGGCUGGCGAUCCGAAUGACCACAAAUCUACUAGUGGCUUUGCUGUGUUCUUGGGCAGUAAUCUUAUAUCUUGGGUUUGUCGGAAGCAACGGACUGUGGCACGUUCUUCGACUGAAGCAAAAUACAAGGAACUCGCUGAUGUAUCUGCAGAAGUUACAUGGCUCGUUUCUCUGUUACAUGAAAUCGGCAUCCCGCCUGCGUCUCCUCCUCGACUACGGCUGCCUAUAAUAAAUCCUGUUCCCUUCUUCAUCUUUGUUUUUAUGGUAACUGAGUUUGGGUUUUGUUGCGGAAACCCAAAUCCGAUUUGCAGAAAAGAUGAAAAGCAGGCCUUGCUGUGCUUCAAGAAGGGUUUAAAGGAUCCAUCCAGUCGGCUUUGGUCUUGGGUUGAUAUUGAUGGAGACUACGAUGAUUGUUGUAGUAAAUGGAGUGGAGUUGUGUGCAACAACGUAAGUGGCCAUGUCACUGAGCUCCACCUCGCCAAUCCAGGCAAUGGGAGCUCAGCUUUUGGGGGUGAACUAAGUCCCUGUUUGCUGGAAUUGAAACAACUAAGUCACCUGGAUCUUAGCGGAAAUGAUUUUGAAGGAAUUCCCAUCCCAGGCUUCCUAGGAUCUCUACUAAAUCUGGAAUAUCUCGAUCUAGCCGAUGCUGGGUUCCAAGGUAUCAUUCCCCAUCAGCUUGGUAAUCUCACAGGAUUACACACGUUAACUAUACGGGGGCCUGCUUAUUCCUCUCCUAUAAGUUCAGGGUUUCUUGAAAUCUCCCUGGGGAUGGGGCAGAGAACUACUACAAGUCUUUCCGAUUACUCUCUUGGUGGUCUCAAAGUUGAUAGCCUUGAAUGGUUAUCAAGCCUUUCCAAUCUACAGCGACUGGACUUGAGCUAUGUGGAUCUAAGCAACGCUCCCAACUGGGUAGAGGUCACUUCUGCUCUCCCUUCUUUACAUCACCUUCGUUUCUCUGGUUGUAGUCUUGCUAACAUAUCCUCUUCACUUCAUCAUCACAACUAUUCCUCCAUUUUGGUCCUACAUCUUUCUCAAAAUAGCUUCAAUUCUUUUGUUCCUAAAUGGAUUUUCAAUCUCCACAGCCUUGUUUCUCUUGACCUGAGCGAUAGUAGUUUUCUUGGUCCCCUCCCCGAGACUGGUCCUUGGAACUUUUCGUCUCUUGAAACACUUGACAUCUCAUUGAAUCGUCUCAGUGGUUCAUUGCCCAGUCAUGGGAACUUGCCUAAGCUCAAAAUAUUGCGCACCACUCUUAACAUGUUCAAUUCUAGCUUGCCACAGUGGAUAUUUAGGUGUAGUGAAUUACAAACUCUUGAUCUUCAAGGAAACCGGUUUUCAGGGCCAGUUCAUGGUAGUGUAGGGAAAAUGAAAAGGCUGAGAUAUCUUGAUCUUAAUGGGAAUGAUUUCAGGUCCAGUAUUCCAAGUUGGAUUUACGAAUGCACUGAGCUGAGUUAUCUUGAUCUUAGUUACAACCGAUUUCAGGGAACCAUUUCACAUUCCAUUUCCAACUUGACCUCUUUGGUUUUCUUCAGUGUCUCAAAUAACAGAAUGCUUAGUGGAGAAGUACCUAAACAGAUAGGAAAACUUUGCAAGUUAGUCUCGCUUUCUCUGUCAGCAAACAAGUUUUCUGGAUUAAUUUCUGAGUUGUUCCAAAGUAUGUCUGAAUGUGUUUUUGAUGGUUUAGUGAAAUUGCUUCUGUACGAUAAUCAGUUUUCUGGUCCAAUGUUUGAUACUUCAUUAAAAUUCCCAUCACUCAGUACUUUGGACCUAGGAGGUAAUAAGAUGAAUGGAACUCUUCCCGAACGUCUGGGGAACAUGUUUCCGAUGCUGGAUUUUCUUGAUGUUUCUAAUAACAUAUUACAAGGUGUUGUGACCGAGAAUCACUUUGUUAAUCUCAAAGAAUUAUGGACUUUCUAUGCAUCUGGAAAUAGAUUAACAUUGAAAGUGAGUCCAAAUUGGUUGCCUCCCUUUAAACUUAGCAACCUUGGGUUGGGAAGUUGGCACUUAGGUCCUCAAUUUCCAGUUUGGUUGCAGUCACAAAAAGAGAUUUCUGAGGUGGAUAUAUCUAAUGCUGGAAUCAAAGAUGAAGUUCCAACUUGGCUUUGGAACUUAUCCUCUCAACUCUCUGUCCUCAAUCUAUCUCACAACCAAUUCAGUGGUCGAUUGCCUCGAAACACAUUUCCCAUAACUAAAUUGGACUUGUCAGACAAUUUAUUCUCAGGGGACGUCAUUGGUUUCUUUUGUCAUCCUCAAAAUGAAUCAAUCAUGCUUAAUAGGCUUCACCUUAGAAGAAAUGCUUUAUCAGGACAAAUUCCCGAUUGUUUGGGUAAUUGGCCGGUAUUGGAAGUAUUAGACUUGGCAGAGAAUAGUUUAAGUGGAAGAAUUCCCAAAACUAUUGGGCUCCUAAAGUUAUUGUCAUCUUUGGACUUGAACGGUAACAAACUUUCUGGCAAUAUACCUUCAUCUUUACAAAAUUGCACCGGUUUAGAGAAACUCGACUUGGGUGAAAAUGAGUUAGAAGGGAAUACUGCAAACUGGCUUGUGAGUUCACUUUCUAGUUUGUUUGUUCUAAGGCUUCGUUCAAAUGGGUUCUAUGGUGAAUUGCCUCCAGAUUUCUGCCAUCUUAAAUCUCUUCAAAUAUUGGACCUUGCUAAUAAUAACUUCACUGGUAUAAUCCCUAGGUGCCUUAACAAUUUCACUUCAAUGGUUGAGCCGCAUGAGAUUGACUUUGAUAUUGAUAGGGAAACAGAAAUAUUGUUGGGAGAAAGUGCUACAGUGAUCACUAAAGGGCAAGAGUACCAAUACUCUACCAUUAUAUUGGUGUUGGCUACAAGUUUUGAUCUUUCCAACAACAAUUUUUCUGGGGAAAUACCUGUGGAACUUACCACUUUAGUGGAAUUAAGAUUCUUGAACUUAUCAGGAAAUAAGUUGACAGGAAACAUUCCUAAGAAUAUAGGAGACAUGAAGCAAUUAGAAUCCAUUGAUCUAUCAAGAAAUCAUCUUUCUGGAGAAAUUCCCUACAGCCUCUCAAAUCUGAACUUUCUGAGUUACUUGAAUUUGUCUUAUAACAAUCUGUCUGGGAAGAUCCCUACUGGUACUCAGCUUCAAAGCUUCAAUGCAUCUUGUUAUGUUGGUAACAAUCUUUGUGGGCCUCCUCUCUUUGAAUGUAGCAAUGAAUCCAAUGAUGAUGAUGCUGUUCCUGAUGAAGAAGAAGACAGAGGAGAUGAUUCUGAUGAGGCAAAGUGGUUUUAUAUUAGCAUGGCUAUAGGAUUUGUUGUGGGAUGGUGUGGCAUCUGGGGACCUUUGUUUGUUGUGAAGUCUUGGAGACAAGCCUAUUUUCAAUUUUUAGAUGUUAAGUUGAAGUAUCCUUUUGGUUGGUUUGGACUGUGA